CCCACGUAGAGUUCAGAGAACUGGUAGUGGUAGUAGUACUUGUACUAAGAAUUGCCCCGCUUUUGGUCACGGUGACCUAAAAGUAUGCGCUAAUAUAUUCAGGAUAGAUCUAUCUCGUCUAGCAUGAGUUCAGUGUGUACAGCACUGGGAUUGGACAUUUACGCCCUGAGAGAUGUUUUCUCCUACAGAAGUUUAGUUCAUGCAAUAGCAGGGGCUGCAGGAAGCAUCACUGCCCUUACUGUGUUCUUUCCACUUGAUACAGCACGAACAAGACUUGUAGUUGAUGACUUGCGAGAAGCCAAGCCAACCCCAGUGAUACUCCAUGAAAUAUUCAAGGAAGAAGGGAUUGAUGGACUAUACAGAGGGCUAUUUCCAGUUAUCACUUCCUUAUGUUGCUCAAAUUUUGUGUAUUUUUACACUUAUAAUGGAUUGAAAAAUGUCUGUGUACCCCAUAGAGACAAGGAGGAUGCAUUGCAAGAUUUGCUUAUGGGUUUUGUGGCAGGUAUUGUAAAUGUUCUGCUUACAACUCCUCUAUGGGUGAUUAACUCUAGACUGAAAAUCCAAGGCGCCAAUUUGAGGACCAAACAGUAUAAGGAGCAGAAGUUCCCAAAGUAUCGAGGGAUAUUAG